ACACCAAGGAUGCCCUGAAAAUUGGAGUAAGAAACGUAAAAGAGAAUAUAAAAGAGGGCGUAAAAACGGAUUUGUCCGCUUGGAAGACUGUAAAGUGGAUCGGCACUGGGAUUGUUACCAGCGCUGGCUUAGUAUUAUUCGAUCUCAGCUUCGCCAACUG